GAUUGAGAUAUUUCAUACUCAAUCUCAAUCAACAAUCAUCAAAUUGAAUAACAGGAAUAAUGCUUAUAGAUGUGGACUAUCGGUGUAAAUACUAAACAUGGAAAUUACAUUUCAAUAUCUUUUUCUUGUAACACUGUACUCGGAAGUUGCAUGGUCAUGGCAUAACCUUGAUAACGUAGAUUACCAUUGUUGGUCAUUAUCAGCCAGUGCUGAACAUCCAACACCACAUUCGCCAGUAUGCACAGGUCUUCUUUUAAGAUGGGUUGAGCCUCCUCCUGUUACAGUUAGAAUGUCACAAGGAUUCAACACAACAACGGAACUUAUUCUAACCCUACCGUUUUACCAGUGGCUCAUAGACGAGGGCUUUUUUGGACAAGCGAAUUUUUCAUCGGGAAUCACCAACUUAGAUGACGCAAAAUAUUGGUGUGAAACUACGACAUGUCCCGCUCCAUCGUCUGCUAUACAAGAAAAUUGCUGCAUACAUCAUAUGAAUUUACACAGUUGUCCUCUGACGGAUGUAACGAAUGGUUUGUGUGGACCUUGGAUUCCUGCACGAGGUCAGAUAAUAACACACUCGGAAGUUUUGGUUGGAACUGCUUUAGUUGGAAAUUGGACCAAUUAUGUUCCUGGGCUGUAUGUCCUCGGACAAAUGUCAAUAAUAUCACAUUUCAAAAUUGCUGGAUCUAGUAUUGCCUUAGUGUAUGAUCUAACAGUUGAACCAAAAACUGAUUGUGGAAAUGACCUAUGUGAGUCAGACGAUGGAGAAGACUGUACUGUUUGUCCUAAAGAUUGUGGAACCUGUCCUCUUCAAGACUGGCAUUACGGAAUAAUAGCUGCUUCUAUUCUACUAAUAUUUAUUGUAAUUGGAGCUAUAUAUGGUUAUUUCUCUUACCAAAAAAGAAAAUUACUAUAUGAUAGCAGUUGGAUAUACAAAUAUGAUGACAUUAAAACAAAUGAAAAUCGUAUUUGGAUGGGCAGCAUGAUUAGUCGGACAGACGACAAGUUCGAGACAGGAUUUAAUCUGACACAGGUCUUUGUUUCAACUGGAGACGUAGACGGAAAGACGGUGGCAAUUAAAAGGAUUGAAAAGAAAUCUUUUUCAUUGACAAAAUUUAUAAGAGAAGAAGUUAGAACUGUGAGACAAAUGGAUCAUCAGAAUAUCUGUAGAUUUGUUGGGGGCUGUAUAGAAGUACCAAAUGUUGCUAUCCUAAUGACAUAUUGUGCCAAAGGAAGUCUUAAUGAUGUGUUACUGAAUGAAGAAGUUCCUUUGUCUUGGUCAUUCAGAUUUUCUUUUGCUACCGAUAUUUCGAGAGGUAUGAAGUAUUUACACAGUCAUAAAAUAAUACAUGGGAGGUUGUGGUCCAGCAAUUGUGUGAUGGAUGACAGAUGGUCAGUUAAAGUAACAGAUUAUGGUUUGGAAAAAUUCCGAAAAUCUGAUGUCUGUGAAGAUGACAACAUUAAAAAGCAAAAGCAAGUAUAUUUGGAGCCAGAUCUUGUGAAAAGUCAAGCUAUUCCAACUGAAUACAGUGACGUAUACGCAUUUAGUGUUAUACUGAUAGAAAUAGCAACGAGGGGAGAUCCAUUUCAGGAAGAAGAUCCAUAUUCCGUGCCUAUUGACUGGCAACCGCCAUUACCGGUUUUUGAGAAAACGUCAGACGAUAACAAUUGUCCAUGUCCGGAUGAAUAUUGUAAGCUUAUUUCAAUAUGCAGAUCUCAUAAUCCAAUAGAAAGACCAUCAUUCGAGAGCAUCAAACGACGGCUGCAACGUAUGAAUCCUAAUAAACAAAACCCUGUUGAUUUGAUCAUAACAAUGAUGGAAAAAUAUUCAAAACAUUUGGAAUCUGUUGUUGCAGAACGAACUCAAGAUUUGAUGGCAGAAAAGCACAGAACAGAGACAUUAUUGUAUAGUAUGUUACCUAGAUCAGUAGCUGAUUCCUUAAAGACCGGACUAUCUGUGCAGGCAGAAUCGUUUGACCAAUGCACCAUAUACUUCAGCGAUAUUGUUGGUUUUACAGUACUAUGCUCCAAAAGUUCGGCAUUAGAAGUUGUAGGAUUACUGAACAGACUCUACACAGUAUUUGAUGAAAUUAUAGAAAAUUUCUGUGUCUAUAAAGUAGAAACAAUAGGCGAUGCAUACAUGGUUGCAUCAGGGUUACCCAAGCGUAUUCCAAACCACGCAUCAGAAAUAGCUAAGAUGUCCCUGAAAAUCGUGGAAGCAGCAAAACAUUUUAAAAUUCCUCAUCUGCCAAAUGCUCCUCUGAAAAUAAGAAUUGGUUUGCAUUCAGGGUAUGUCUGUGCUGGUGUUGUAGGUAGGACUAUGCCAAGGUAUUGUUUGUUUGGAGACACAGUUAAUACAGCGUCAAGGAUGGAAUCAAAUGGAGAACCUUAUAAAAUUCACAUAAGUGAUGAUACAUAUACAGAGCUGGCAAUUGCUGGAGGGUUUCAGGUCGAGGAAAGAGGAGUAAUAAGUGUAAAGGGAAAGGGCGAUAUGCGAACAUGGUGGCUUACUGGAUAUGACCCUUGCAAGAUGGAUCAAAAACAAUUUAUGAUAGAGAACAGUAAGGGGUAUGAGAUGUUUUGAGGAUGGGAUUAAAAUCAGACGUGUUAUACAUGAAGAAGGCUAAAGUAUACUACGAUUUGCAGAGAGAUUUUGUGCAGCAAUUUAAUUCUUAUAUAUGUCCACGAGAAACUAACAAUUGUUUUAUUAUUUUGUUAACCAUACCAGGAAAGAAAUAUUAUGUAGAGCAUAAAAAUGUUCGACAUCACUAAAAUAAAGGAAGUCAAAUCGACAUAUCAAAUCGAUAUAUAU